UCUUCUUCUAUAUCCGAAAUAAAACGAAAGUAAUCUCAUUUUCGCAGAGGAAAAAUAGGUUCCAGAUUUUUUUUCUUUUCUUCUCUGUUGUUGAAACUCGUUGUUGCAGAGACAGGGCUCUUAACAUGCAAUGAAGUUCCUGAUUUUUUCUUUUCUUCUCUGUUGUUGAAAGUCGUUGUUGAUGAUUCUGAGGACUACCCGGAUUGAAAAGUCGCGGGAAACUCUUGGUUUCCCAGGAAAAAUGCAAGAUUAAUUUAAAAAAAGAAAAAGAAAGAAAGCGAUAACGACGCAGUUAUAGAUAAUUGGAGGAAAAAAAAUCACCCAUUGUUGGUGAGAAUCAUGGGCUGCAUUUGCUCAAAAGGAGCGUCGGGAAAGGAAACGCCCGACAAGUACGAGAAAGCGAACGAGCUGAGCAAGACCUCGGUCCAGCUGGUCAACCCUUCUUCCCACAAGAGAGAAAACUUCUUGGUGGAGAUCGGCGGGUUCGACGGCUCCGUCCACCGUCUCUCCCGAACGGCCUCGCGGGCAAACACGGUCGGGUCUGUGCAUAGAAAGCCCAAGGACGAUGACAACAGGACGACGGCCGUCGACAGGCCUCAGAGAUGGGCGGCCACGGCCGAUGGAGGAGGACGACAGAUGACCAGGAUUGUUAGUGUCGUACACGGCGGCGGAGGUGAUGGUGGAGAAGCGUUCGGGUGGCCGUCGUGGUUGACUUCUGUCGCUGGAGAUGCUAUCAGAGGGUUGGUGCCUCGACGUGCGGACUCCUUUGAAAAGUUGGAUAAAAUUGGGCAAGGAACUUACAGCAGCGUGUACAAGGCUCGUGACCUUGAGACUGGCAAAAUUGUUGCGUUGAAGAAAGUUCGAUUUGUGAACAUGGAUCCAGAAAGUGUGCGUUUUAUGGCGAGGGAAAUCCAUAUCUUGCGUAGACUAGAUCAUCCAAAUGUUAUGAAGCUUGAGGGUCUAGUCACCUCACGAAUGUCUCGCAACUUGUACCUUGUGUUCGAGUACAUGGAACAUGAUCUUGCCGGUAUAGCUGCAACGCCAGGCAUCAAGUUUACUGAACCCCAGAUAAAAUGCUACAUGCAACAAUUGCUUCGUGGACUUGAGCAUUGCCAUAGUCGCGGUGUUUUGCACCGAGACAUUAAAGGCUCAAACAUUCUCAUUGACAACAAUGGAGUUCUCAAGAUUGCCGACUUUGGUCUGGCCACAUUCUACGACAAAAAUCAACCAAUGACGAGCCGUGUGGUAACCCUCUGGUAUAGAGCUCCUGAGCUUCUGCUUGGUUCCACUGAGUACGGACCUGCCAUUGAUCUAUGGAGCGCUGGUUGUAUCCUUGCCGAAUUGUUCGCGGGAAAACCUAUCAUGCCUGGCAGAACAGAGGUGGAACAAAUGCAUAAGAUUUUCAAACUUUGUGGUUCACCAUCUGAGGACUUUUGGCAGAGAACAAGAUUACCACAUGCAACUAGCUUCAAACCCCAACAACCCUACAAACGUUGUGUCCCCGAGACAUUCAAAGACUUUCCUCCUUCCGCUUUGGCUCUCGUUGAUAGACUCCUCACUAUAGAACCAGAGAGCCGGGGUUCAGCUGUAUCCACACUCGAAAGUGAUUUUUUCACGUCCGAGCCCCUCCCUUGUGAUCCAUCCUGUUUGCCAAAAUAUCCUCCAAGCAAGGAGUUUGACGCUAAGCUUCGCAAUGAGGAAGCAAGAAGGUGCAAAGCAGAUACCGUGAGAGGACGCGGCCCUGAAUCGGUUAGAAGAGGUUCAAGAGAUAACAAACAAACUCCAACACCCGAAUUCGACAAUCAAGACGAUAUUCCUUUGCAGAAACAGUCGAAAGCCAAAACCUCGAGCCAUAAAUACAGCCCCCAGGAGGACGGUGGCUCGGGGUUUAGAAUGGAACCACCGAGAGGAGCUAGACAGAAUGGAUAUGCUCACUCUACUUCAAUGGUACACCCCAGUGCAGUAGUAGUAGGACCAUCACGGCAUAAGGCGGCAGACUUUACCAGAAACAAACCGGAGUUUAGGACGCAGAGAUCUCACAUGCCUCAGCCACCACCGGCUGAGUCAUCUUUCUCCUCCACUAAGAAGAACGACAUUGUGCCUGCAAAAGAAUCUGGCAUGGGAUAUGUACCGCAGAAGAAUAGAAUCCAUUACUCAGGGCCAUUGGUGCCUCCCGGGGGGAACAUAGAAGACAUGCUCAAAGAGCAUGAGAAACAGAUCCAACAGGCCGUACGCAAAGCACGUCUCGAUAAAGCUAGAAGUAGAACCAACAGAUAUUAUGACGAUUGA